AAUAAUUAGCUGUCAGUAGAAUCAAAAGGAUUUUCACGCAUUUUUGGUGGUGCCGUUGGUUUCUGGAAGGAUUUUCAACUAAAAGUAAAAUUAUUUCGCCAUAAAUUGGAAAAAGAACCAGUCGAUCAUCUGUGUAAGUCCGAAAAUAUACGUUUGAACGCCAUGGCAAGUUGGGCGAACCGGCCGCCAAUCGGAGAUGGGUCUUUCUCGGGUGCCGCCAACAACAACCCAGCCUCAGUUCGAAAGAAAUGGAAUCUUGAAGACAAGAAGUCCUUGCGAAAUUUGAAGUACCACUUCGCCGAAGAUGGCUGCUCGGAAGUUCAGUACACUUUGGCCAAGCAGCUACUGGAGGAAAACACCGAAACAGAUCCGGCGCACAAUCACGUCCAGGGAGUGCACUGGUUGCUUCGGGCCGCCCAGCAAGGCCACGAGCAGGCAAUUGAUCUGCUGAAUGAUUGCUACCGCACUGGACGCGGGAUAAACGAAGCAAACGAGGAAGACGUCCGAAGUUGUUUGGCGAUGAGUCCCGGGGAACGAUCGGCAAGACGGGCAGCACAGGAGCUAUUUGCCUCGCUUUCGAACGGGGAAGAGUACGUAACGGCAGCGCAGCUUGAGAAGCGCAUGCGAGAGAUCUACAAGCUGGACAAAAAGCGAAAACGUACCAGGCCGGAUGGGGCGGAAGCCGGGGAAGAUCGAGUGGAAACUAGUCCAGACCGGAAUGGGUCAUUCAGCGGGAGCCGGAUGAAUAGGAGCUCGGGGCAGUUUCAUCCAGUGAAUCACAUAUCGGAAGCGAACCUACUAUCGGCGGCAGUUAAUUACUCAAAUGGAAGGCUCCCAUUUGUGAGUAAUGCGCUAACACUGUCGGUGCCAAAUCCCCAAAGCUUGGAUCACAUCCCUUGCUUCCACAGGCCGUUCUUUCACCCGAUAAUGUUCUUCUCGCUUCUGUACCACCGGCUGUUGGACAUGAUUGCAGCGUUUCCCGGGUCUAACUUUAAUGGAAUCCAGAUGAUAUUGCUGCUCAUAGCGUACUCGCUCUUCGCCAGUGAAAAUCUAUUCACAUUGGUCCCGGUCACGGCUUAUUACGUGAGCCUAAUCGUAAUGGUUCUAUGCAGCUUCAAAAUGCUAAAGUCCAAACACGACUUUAUCGAUUUCCGGAUGUGGUCCGGCCUCUUCCUGCGAUACGGCGAUGAACAUCUUAACACGGACGAUUCCGAGAACCAGUAUCUUCGCAACAACCUACGACCGUAUCUCUACUUCUUCGUGGCAUUCUUCGUCAACGUAAUGCUCCAGCCUAACAUCAACGACCAGUGGCUCCCGUUCUCGGAAAUUACCGUUGUGGCGUUCGUUUUGACUUUCGUGACCAUGCUGGCCUUCAUGUACACCUCGCGCGAUCCUUUUCCGGACUAUCUGAUCCUGUUCUCGUUCGGACUGAACGUGCUGGCCAAGUAUCCGUAUGAAAUGGACUCGGUGGUGACGACCGGGUGGCGAUUUCUGGAUCUGAAAGUGCCGGCCUUCUCGACGUUUGUGAUCGGCAAUGGAAUUGAGUUCUGUUUGAACUGCCGGGCGCUGCUGUAUUUGAUCAUUCCAGCGUUUCUGGCGUUUAUCGCGCGGAGGAACAGCUGGCGGGGAAUCUAUCAGUAUCUGAUCCCGCACUGUGUGACGUUGGCUUGGUUGCAGAUCUGUAUCAUCGGUUCGCAAUCGGCAACAAUGUUUGGACUGGUACGUGGAGCAUUGGGACUGUCGGGACUUCUUCUAUUCCUACCCCUCUUUGGCAUAGUGACGCUUUUGAUUCCGGUGUUUGCCGCAAUCGAGUGGCUCUCGUUGACCGAUUCCACCGUUCGGUUGUGGUCCUCGAUUAGUGCGGCCGUCAUCGCAAUUCUUAUUUCUUUCUACAUGGCUGCAUCGCGGCGAACGGAAAAGUACAUCACAUUCCUGCAGAUAUCGAUUUGUCUCAUAGCGACCGUAUUUCUGACCCUGCCCCACAUGAUGUCCAACUUCGAAACGCUUCACGGCGCUGAGGCGGGACUGUUUGAGUCCAGUGCGAUUCCGUCGCCUGUCGGAGGAGCUAAAACGCAAGCAAUGCCACCGAACAGUCUCAGCUGGGAGUCGUACUACAAGUUUUGCCAUCAGCCGGCCUGGGACCGUUUGGGGAACAAAAUCAAAACCCAGCUGAGAUGCGCCCAUCUGGACGGGACAGCCAUUCGUUGGGAGGGCAAUGUAGUGGAUCUAGAAAUAGCUAGCCGAAAGAACUGGCGUGCUGAUUUUAUUCAAAGCUAUUUGCCACGGUUCCUAGCCGAUCGAGUUGCUUGCUUCUAUGGCGAACGCGUCGAACCGGAAUGCGGCCCGGCUGAGGACCUUCAACAUUGCGAAGAAAUGAAGAGUUUCAUGCAACAGCAGUCUCGCUGCCAUCUGGACAAAUGGACCACGUACGAAUACGAACUGAAAGUACGUAUGCCAUCGCUGGGGUUGCUUUCGAAGCCAGCAACCGUUACGCUAAAAGCUCAGCACGCGUUUGGUAAUUUUACCCAGGGCUUGAACAACAGUGACCGGAUUUGGUUCAUAGGUAUUCUGCGAAACUUCCUAAAGCCCACCUCCACGGUACCCGUUCAUGGUAGCCAUGAUCCAUCCGAUGGCAACAAUUUCGACGAUAAUCUCCACAUGGACCUUGGCGGGGCCGCUGGAACCGGGGGACGAACCGAUCGAAGCAACAUGCGUUUGGGACGGAAGAAUCCUCUCAUCGAACUGCUUUCGAUAGGUUGCAUCAACUGCCAGAAUCGGGAGCUGACUUCGAUGCACGUAUCCGAGGGAUUGAAGGUGAAUGCGAGGAUGCGUGACCUGCUGCGUGGAAUCAAGUAUCUGCUGAACGUGAUCUUCAAUCCACUGGUGAUCUUCAAGUGAGCCGUGUUCUCGCCUUUUUACUUUAGUGACUGUUGUAUCUACUAUAGAAUAUUGUUAAGUUUCAUGUGAGUUUAACCCACCCCCAUGUCGUACUGAGAGUUUCAUCCUAAUUGUUUUAAGAAAGAGAUAGCGUGAGAGGAGAGAUUGCAUUUACGAAAGAAGAUACACAUUUGCGUAGAAAUAGUUUCAAGGAUUCGACUUAAAAGAAAGAGAGCUGUGAAAGAGAGUUAACACUAUGUGUAGGAUAAUUGCUUUCUUUUGUGCUGUUCUAACAUUUCGUUUAGCUGCUGCUUACUUUCUGCUUUUUUGCCCUCAUGAGAUAAUAUAUGUUAUUAGUUUUCGUCGAAUAAGCUAUAGUUUAAUAUAAUGAACGUGAAUUGAA